AUGAUACGAGCUCAAAAACCACCCGUUCGUGGUAAAACAACGGGGAUGAGUCAGUAUCAGCAAAAUGGAAAUAGUGGUGCGAGUAUAAAUCCACCUAAUUUAUCAAUUCUUCAACAUCAAAAUGUAUCGAUACCAACAGUGGCGUUUGGAGCAUCAUCAAUAGGAGCUCCGUCGACCACUACUUCCUUUGGUGGUAGUGGUGGCAGCGGCGGCGAUGUUUCUUAUAUUGGUAAAACGUUAAUAAUAAAUCAACAUCAUGUUAUUGUCGAAGAUAUUUUGGGUCAAGGAGGUUUCUCUUAUGUAUUUCUUGUACGUUCAUUAGCUCAGUCAUCAUUACAACGUUAUGCUCUAAAACGCAUGUAUGUUAAUAAUGCACAAGAUUUAGAUGUAUGUAAACGAGAAAUACAAAUAUUGAGAGAUUUAUCAACUCGAAAAAAUAUUGUAAAAUAUAUUGAUUCAUCAGUUCAGCGAAUACUACCGACACUAACACCUUCGACAAUGAUACGAACAGACAAGGACGAUGAUGAAGAAGAUGAUACAAUCUAUGAAAUACUUUUGUUAACAGAAUAUUGUUCAAAUGGAACGUUAACACAGCGAAUGAUUGAUCAACGGUCAUUCAAUGGGGGUACGGGUUAUUUCAAAGAAAAAGAAAUAUUGAAGAUAUUUAGUGAUAUAUGUCAAGCUGUUAGUCAUUGUCAUUUUCAUCAACCAAAAUCCAUAUUACAUCGUGAUUUAAAAAUAGAAAAUAUCCUAAUUGAUAACAAUUUAUCUUAUGUAUUAUGUGAUUUUGGAUCGGCUAUCUUUAUUGAUGAACAACCAUUACGUUCGAAUUCAACAGCUUUUAUUAAACAAUUGGAAGAAAAUAUUCAACGUUAUACAACAUUAGCUUAUCGUUCACCGGAAAUGGUUGAUUUAUACAGUCAAAUACCGAUCACAUUAAAAUCGGACAUGUGGGCUUUGGGUUGUCUACUCUACAAAUUAAUGUAUUUUACACUACCAUUUGGAGACUCCGUAUUAGCUAUUCAAAAUGGAAAUUUUACUAUACCAGAUGAUAUGGCACAUUUGUAUAGUAAAGAAUUAAAUUUAUUAGUUCGAUACAUGUUAGAAACUGAUAUUAAUAAGAGGCCAGACAUAUAUCAGGUAUCUUAUCUAACCUGUAAAUUAAUGAAUAUGGAUUGUCCAAUAAAAAAUCGUUUCAAUACAAAAUUGCCCGAUUUACAAUCGUUAACGAUGCCAUUAACAGAAAGCGAAUCACGAUAUCAACGAUCAAUAGCAAGUAGUAUUUCAAAAACGCCUAUUAUAGAAGAUAAUACUCCAUCAGCUGGCACAGCAGUUAAUCCAAGAGAAAGACCAAAAGGAAUUAUUACACAAUCUGGUUCACUGAAUUUUAAUCAAUUCCAACACCAGCAAAAAAUCGCUCCCAUACAACCACCCGUUCAUCGUGCAUCACAACAAGAAUCACCAGCUCGCCCAAUUUUACUUUCUCAACCACUCAUAAGUACUUCAAAUGUUGACUCUAUUCCUCAUCCUCAAAGCUCUAUUCGUUCAGUAUUACAAACCCAACAGACUAGUGGUACUUUGAUACCAACUCAUUCACUUUCUCAUCAACGUUCUGGAUCAGCUGUUCAACUUAUGUUUGACGAUGAUUUUUCUCAAUUCAUUUCACAAAAUACCCCAACCCAAGUAUUACAUACAUCAAGUUUGACAAACAUAGCGGAUACAAUAAAUACGACUAAGGUAUCUGCACGUGCAAGGCCUAGCCCGCCAACUACUGUAUCAGCUGCAACGGGUUCAUAUUAUACCCAAAAUCUUGUCUCAUUAUCUGACGAACAAAAUGUAAAUAAUUUAUUCCAACUACCACCUCCUCCGUCUACUGCAACAGCAACAGUUUCUGCCGUCUCCCAACUUUCUCUUGAUUCCACAUCACCAGAACUACAAUUUCAUCGUACCCAUCGACGAUCACAAAGUAACACUGUUAGUCCAUCUCUCUCAUCACAAUCAACGAAAAAUUAUUCUUUUCAAAUGGCCUCCUUCGUUGAGCCCGGACAAUCGGAACAACAACAAUUAAAUGUAUUUUUUUCUGAUAGACGACAUUCUACAGACAAUGCAAGUUUACAUCGAUUACAACCAAAAACAACAAUGACAAGCGAAGCGUUUACGGAUGAAGACGAAGAAGAUGAACACUUUUCUCCGACUAAAAAUUUAUCAAAAAAUAAAUCUAGUUCAAAUACGUCAAUACAAAAUGUUAAAUCACGUGAAAGCUUAGUAUUGGAAGAAGAUGAAUUGACAUUUGCUAAAAAAUAUACUGUUAAUUCUAAUAUUCGACCAGAUGAUGAAGAACAAUCAAUCUCAUCUUCAAACUCCUCGCUCUCGUCUAAUUCAGCAUCAUCGAAUCCAACUCAGAAUGAUAAAAAAAGAAAAUGUGAAAAAUCCAAACGACAAAAUCUAUCCGGGUUAAAUGAAAAACGAUUAUCAAAAAAGAAAAAACAACAACAACAUUCUCCGUCUAAUACAUCAUCGCCACUAAAAGUAUUAUCAACGGAGGAGGCUGAACAAAAGACAACUAUAACAAACAAACGAUUAAUGAUGCGUAUUAUUGGUCGUCGAUCUUAUGAUGACCAAAACUUAUCUUCAACGCAAAACGAAAACGAAGACUACGAAAAUGAUUCUAAACGAGAUGAUGUACAAAAUAAUGACAUUGCUUUCGAUCAGUUAAUUAAUGAAGACUCAGAUGAUGAUAAUCACAGCAAGAUGAACACAAUAGCAACUAGUAGCUUUACAACAAGAUUGUCGACUAAAAGUGGUGGUGGUAGUAGUGGAGGUCAACAACAAUAUGAACAUUUAAGUUGCGAAGACAGUACAGAUGCCAGUGAUAAUGAACAUCAAUUACAACACAAAUCAAGUAGUUCAUCGACAACGAAACUAGCCGAAAAAGUGUUUAAUUUAUUUUCAUCGUCAACAACGAAUACAAAUGUUACAUCUACACCGUUAAAAGAUUCGUCUAAUUCUUCACGUUCUUCUACAAAGCAAACAUCUGCCAAAGCCAUUGGUCGUGUAUUUGUCGAUGCACCAUUUACAUCCAAAAAGAAGCAAUCAAUUGAUUUAAAUACACGUAAGCGUUUAUCAAUUAAUUCUCCAAUUUCACAUCUAUCAUCAUCGCCUACGCAAAACCAUUUCGAUACUACAACAACAACAACAACAACAACGACGACAACAAUAUCAUUUGAAAAUCCAUUUUUACAUGCUCCUUUUCGUCAUCAAAAUAAUCGACAUCGUUCACCAUUAUCACCAAAACAACAACAGCCACCAUCUCAACAUACUGUUGAUAAAGUAGAAGUACCAUCCGUAAGUUUCGAUCCAGACGGAAUAUUGAUGCGUACAAGACGAAGUGCAUUUGCACCAUAUCAAAAACAGAAUAGAGAUAUCGAAAUUGAUUCUCAGUUAGAACCAUCAGACAUUGGCAAUAAUACCGACGAUUCUUCUUCUUUGCUUUAUAAUUUUAAUGCAAAAACAAAAUUAACACAUUCUGAAUCUUUUCCACCUGAUAUAUAUAAACAAGUCGAAUCGCCAACAAAAAAUGAUGUGUUUAUUAAUGCACCAUUUAAUAACAAAUUAUCAAAUAAAAUACGUCCAUUACAAAAUCCCAAAACACCCUCAUCACCGUUGUCUACAUCAUCAUCAAAUUCACAUUUAAUCGAUCUUGAUCAACAACUAAUCAACAUAGAUGACGAUGGAAAUACAAAUAUGAGUUUUAUAGAUAAUAAUAAUAGUUCAAAAACUUUUAUCCCUCCACUAAUAAGUUCGGGUGAUCCAUCUCGUUUUUCUGCAUUAGCUAAGCAAUUGAAAACAUCACAAACAACAACUGUUACUUCUGUUGCUCCACCGACACUUACAUCUUAUCCAUCUUCAUUCUUAUCAAAUGAAAUUGUCGGCAUUGUUAAUAAUCAAAUUGGUUCAACAAACAAGGUUCAUGAACGACGUGUAUACGGCUCAGCUGCAGUAGUCACGGGUUUGGCACAAUUAAGUGGUCUUAAUGGAAUGCAAACAACAUUUAAUAAGGUUCCAUUAUCGAUGAAACAACAAUCAGUCGAUAGUAGUGAUAGUCAUUAUUUUAGCUCGAAUAAUAAUAAAAAUGAUUCGGAUAUGGUAGCAACUAAUUCAUCUAGUGAAGAGUUGACAUCUAGUUUACGUCGAAAUAAAAAGAAAUCAUCAUCUACUAAACACCAACAAACUGCAUCAAACAUACAGGGAAUAAAUCAAUCUGCAAUAUUGCCAACGAUGUCAUCAAAAAACAAUAGUAGUGCUAAGAAUAAUAAAAAAACAGAAAACAAAUUUUCACAGUUUCCACCGUUAAAAUCAAGUAUUGAAUUAGAACAAUUACUUGAACAAAAUUCAUCAAGUAUUUGUCAAAAUUUUGCUCAAGGUAUCAACUUUGCUGUUGAUAGUAAAGGAUAUUUGUGUCAACGUCGUUAUUUAGAAAAACAUACAGGAUGUUGUCAACAAGUAAUAGCAUACGGUCAAUUUGUAUGUGAUACGUGUUCACUAUUUAAUCAUUGUUGUUCAACGUUUGAACAUUGUGUAUCGUGUUGUUUAAAACCAAAUCAUCGUCCAUUUUUACAUGAUUUUAUUCGUUCUCGAGAUUUAAAAACAAAAUUAUUAUUAUCAUCUCUCACAUCAACGUUUGAUGUUUGUUUAGCACGUUGUCGAACAAGAUCUGAUAGUGUCUAUAAUGAAAAUCAAUAUAUUGAUUCAGUAAGAAAAUAUUGUUUUGGUAAAACAACAAUACAUCCUGGUGGUUUAUUGGAACGAUUAGGACAUUCAAGCUAUCAACAAACAUUGUUGACUGAUAGUCCCUGGCAAAAAAUUCUUGAUGAUUUAGAGCCAAGUUUGGCUGAUAAUGUACGACAACAAUUUCAUAAUCCUGAACGACGACAAAUAUUGAUUGAAUUACUUGGAACGUUGUAUCAAUGGACAGUAUUUCGAGCAGAACCAGAUCAACCAUCUCUACUAUUACCUCCUAUGAUGCCUGAAGAACAUCGACGAAAAUUAGAAAAUGAAGCUAAAUCUUGGCUCCAAAUUCAGACUCAUCGUGCAGCCUUGGUCACCAGAGCUACUGUUAGUGAAACUGAUGAUAUAAACACUUUAUCUGAUGAUAUGAAAAAAUUUUUAGAACAUACAAGUAUAAUAUUACGAAAAUCAUUAGAACGUUAUUUAUAUCAAGUACAACAAAAAGAAGCUGAAAAACAAGAACAAGAACAAAAAAAAACUGAAAAUAAGAAAAAUAAAAUUUUUGAUUCUAAAAAUGAUAGUUCCAAAUUGCGUUCGAUACUCCGUGAUUCUCGUACUAAUUCUAAACAAUUACCUAUGAUAGAUGAACAUUUUCAAAGUGUUCAACAUCAACAACCAUUGACAUCACAAUAUAGUGAUAUCGUAUCCGAAUCAGUUGUAUCGUUAUUAAGACGUGAUCCACGACGUAUCGUAUUUAUAACGGAAAAACUUUUUGGUCAACAAUUGCCCAUUGUUUUACGUCAAUUUUUAUGGACCGAAUGUUUAUUAAAAUUUGAAAAGAGACCAUUUGAUCAUGAUUUGAGUUUUGUCGAAUUUGAAACACGUCGAAAUUUUGCUGCUGGUGUUACUCGUGGAAAAAAUGAAUUAAAACUACAGAAUCCAUCACAUACACCGAUAACAAAUUUAAUUGAAAAUGCUGUCAUUGAAACAUAUAGUAAAGUAUUUGCAUUAAAUCCUUAUUUGGAAGAACAUCAUCUUCGACAUACGAUUAAAAUAUUAAAUGUUUUGUAUACAUAUAAAAAAGAUUAUGAACCAUAUUUUAUCUAUUGGCUUUUACCAUUUCAACUAUCAUUUAAGGAUGAAAAAAGCAAAGUUUUAACAAUGUUCUCCAUUUUUUUGGAACGUUUUGUUUUGCCAAAAGCUCGUUCAACCUUUUUAUCAAUACAACAAAUGUCACGAUUACCUUGCAAUAUAACACUGUCUGUCAGAAAAAUCUUCUUAUAUGAAGAAAUUUAUGUUGUUGCCAUGCAUUUGGAAUUGUUUGUUCGUCAUUGCUUUCCUCAAUGGUCCAAUGUGUUUACGGUGGCAAGUAAAAUAAUGACUGAUUUAUCCGUAAAUGAUCCAGAAUUUUAUGAUCAUAUUAAAACAAUAUCAAAAAUUCGAACAAAAAUUAAUCCAAGAGAUUUUGUAACAGAAAUUAUCUCUCUUGAAAGUAAACAAAAUACUGGCACAUUAUCAUCGAAAACAGAUAGAAAUUAUAUGCGAGAAAUCAUGUCAGAUCCAAUUAUAUUUAUUCGAAAAUGGAUUGGAGAGAUGUUUGUUGGCAUAUUAAAUUCAAAAUCUGUUCUCUAUUUAUGGGAUCAAUUUUUUAUGACACAAUGGAAUACACAAUAUGUUGAAUAUGCCACGAAAGCCUUACUCUAUUUACUUCGAGAUCGUUUUAUGUAUGCUGUCGAUUAUGAUCAAUUACGAAAAGUGUUUCUUGAAGAAGCGUGUCUACUACACACGGCCGAUGUUCAAGCGGCAUUUUGUCACAUAGCUAUACACAAUGCUGAUACAAAUUUGAUUCCAGCUAUGAAUCAACGAUUUUAUCCCUCACGACCCAAUGGUAGAUACAAUGAUCAGAGUGGAACAGGACGUAAAAAAGCUUAUUUAGAACCAAUUGGAAUAAAAGAUAUACGAUUAAAUUUAGCCGUACCUAUUUCAUCAAGUGGAAAAGAAUUUGAAGUUCAACAAUUACUUGUCGAAGUUCAAGUAUAUUCUUCAAGCGAAAAAUUGGGCACUGUGGCUACUGGAUCAUUGCCCGUAUUAAAAUUUCGUGAGCCUGUUGUUCAAAAUUGGCAAAAGAUGACUGUUGAAAUUCCUUAUGAUAAAUUGAUAUUACCAAUGAAAGAAGGAAGAAUGUCAUUUAUGCCAACUCGAAUACAAGCAUUGGUUAUACUCAAACAACGUUCAAAUGUUCUUAAUUUGGUUUCCAUUGCACAUUGUCGAUUUCCAUUGUAUAUUCCACAAAAAAUUGGCAAUUUAGAUACUUGGGAUGUUACAUAUGGAAUGGUAACGCGUACUUUACAUCCAGGACCUCCACCAUCGAAUAUUGAUUUAAUUCCAGAUAUUCCAAAAACAUUUACAGCUGAUAAAAUUGGUCCUGGUUCAUUAAUUGAAUUAACAGUUUAUGAUCCAAAAAGUGAACAACAUUUUAAUCAAAGAAGAUGCCAUCGUACACUAUUACUUAAAUUAAUUCCAUUUGCUGCAGUAACAUUAACAUUUUUUAAUUUAAUAUUCUACAUUAUUCACGCGCUACAAUUAACACAAAAAUUAAUCGGUGGUCUACAAAUAAGUCUAAUGAAUAAAGAAUCAAGUCAAUUGCUAAACGGUAUAUCAACAAUUUAUGUGAAUAUAGUUAAAAUACUUCAAUGUUGUCGCUUAGAAGAUGGACUAUUAUCCGUUGAAGAAGUAGAAUAUUUUUCUCAUUUUAAACAUUGUAAUACAACAGUAGAUAACAGACGAUAUUUAAAAACACCAUGUUUACCAUAUUUUUAUCGAAUUGCUAUUUUAUGUCAACUUAUUUGUGCCACAGAUUGGCUCAUCUGUGUAGUAAUUACAAUUGUGACAAUUUGUUAUACCAUGAACAUAUAA